AUGGAUGAUAUCUUGAUUUAUUCAAAGACUUUCGAGGAUCAUGAAAGACACUUAAGAAUUACCUUACAGUUGCUAAGAAACCACAGACUAUAUGCCAAGUUGUCAAAGUGUGAGUUUUGGAAUGAUGGCAUGGGAUUCUUGGGACACAUAAUCACCAAGGAAGGUAUCUUAAUUGAUCCAGCAAAUAUUAAGGCAGUGGUGGAAUGGUCUGUGCCUAAGAUAGUGACUGAGGUGAGAAGCUUCCUGGAUUUAGCAGGGUACUAUCGGAGGUUUGUGCAGGAUUUCUCAGUGUUAUUGCGACCUCGACCAACCUCACAAAGAAGACAACCAAGUUUCUAUGGACUAAUGAAUGUGAGAGAGCUUUCCACGAGUUGA